ACACAACCACUCAGCAUCUGAUUGGCAACGGAGUCUGAGACCGCGUGAAGCCAAUGGCUGCCCGACCUGUCACUCAGACGAGCCCAGCCGCAGAGCGCCCUGCCGCUGAGGCUUUGGGGAGUUGUAGUCUCCCCGGUCCACCCUGUCCAAGCAGAGGGUGGCUGGGCAAUGUGAAACCAGGAAAUAUGGCCCACAGGUGACAGACGAAAAAUGAUCAUUUAGGUCAGGAAAAUUAGGCCUCAGAGCUUUUUUUCAAAGAAGAGAAAGAAGACAGCUGGGUUAAACACGGUUCCUUUCCACACCAUUUCCGCCCCGAGCAGACGCCUCCGAAACAGGAAGCACACACCCACCCCAGGUCUGAGCGGUCCGGAGUCUGAGACCGGGGAAGCCAUUGGGUCGGCUACCUGUCACUCAGGCCAGUACAGCCCACACGUAGAGCGUCGCCGCCGCCGCUGAGGCUUCGGGAAGGUGUAGUAUCCCCGCCCGGCUCUGUGUAAGCCGGAGGGAAUCCAUAGACUCGGAUGGAGCCUUAGGAACCCAGAUAGAGCCUUAGGAACUCGGAUGGAGUCUUAGGGACCCGGAUGGAGUUCAGAGACUCGGAUGGAGCCUUAGGUACCCGGAAGGAGCCAAGAGACCCGGAUGCAGCCCAGAGACUCGGAUGGAGCCCAGAGAACCCGAUGGAAUCCAGAGACCUGGAGGUGGCCCUGGGGACCCGGAUGUGGCAAUGGGGACUCGGAUGUGGCCCGGAGACCCUGGUGGAGCCCAGAGACCUCGAUGGAGCCUUAGGAACCUGGAGUGAUCCUAGAGACUCGGAGGGAGCCUUAUACACAAGAUGGAGCCUUAAGAACCCGGAUGGAGCCCAGAGCAUCGGAUGGAGUCCAGAGAUUCGAAUGGUGCCCAGAGACCCGGAUGGAGCCCAGUGACCCCGAUGUGGCCCAGAGACCCGGAUGGAGCCCAGUGACCCGGAUGGAGCUCAGAGAGCCCGAUGUGGCCCAGAGACCCGGAUAGAGCCCAGAGACUCGGAUGGGGCCCAGAGACCUGGAUGGAGCCCAGAGACUCUAAUGGAGCCCAGAGACCCAGAUGGAGUGCAGUGACCCAGAUGUGGCCCUGGAGACCCGGGUGGAGCACAGAGACCGGAAUGGAUCCUUAGCGACCCGGAUUGAGCCCAGUUACCAGAAUGGAGCCUUAGGGACCUGGAUGGAGCCUUAGGGACCUGGAUGGAGCCCAGAAACCCGGAUGGAGUCUUAGGGUCCCGGAUGGAUCCUUAGGGACCCUAAUGGAGCCCAGAGACCCGGAUGGAGCCCAGAGACUCGGAUGGAGCCUUAGGGACCCGAAUGGAGCCUUAGGGACCGGAUGGAGCCCAGAGACUUGGAUGGAGCCCAGAGACCCGGAUGGUGCCUUAGGGACCCGGAUAGAGCCUUACGGACCUGGUUGGAGCCUUAGGGACCCGGAUGGAGCCUUAGGGAUCGGGAUGGAGCCCAGAUACCCAGAUGGUGCCUUAGGGACCCGGAUAGAGCCUUACGGACCCGGUUGGAGCCUUAGGGACCCGGAUGGAGCCUUAGGGAUUGGGAUGGAGCCCAGAGACCCAGAUGGUGCCUUAGGGACCCGGAUAGAGCCUUACGGACCCGGUUGGAGCCUUAGGGACCCGGAUGGAGCCUUACAGAUCGGGAUGGAGCCCAGAGACCAGGAUGAAGCCCAGAAACCCGGAUGGAGCCCAGAGACUCGAAUGGAGCCCAUAGACUCAGAUCGAGCCUUAGGGACCCGGAUGGAGCCCAGAGACCCGAAUGGAGCCUUAGGGACUGGAUGGAACCUUAGGGACCCAGAUGUGGCCCAGAGACCCGGAUGGAGCCCAGAGACUCGGAUGGAGCCCAGAGACCCAGAUGUAUCCCAGAGAACUGGAUGUGGUCCUGAAGACCCAGAUGUGGCCCUGGGGACCCGGAAGUGGCCCUGGAGAACCGGAAAGUGGCUAUGGGGACUCGGAUGUGGCCCUUGGGCCCCGGGUGGAGCUCUGGGACCCAGAUAUGGCCCUGGAGGGAGCCCUGGAGAUCCGGAUGUGGCCCUGGACGCUGGUGUGGUCCUGGAGACCCGGGUGUGGCCCUGGAGACCUGGGUGUGGCCCUGGGGACCCAGAUGUGGCCCUGGGAAACCCAGGUGGAGCCCUGGGAGACCGAUGUGGCCCUGGGGACCCAGAUGUGGCCAUGAAGACCUGGAUGUGGCUCUGGGGACCCGGAUGCAGCCCUGGACCCGGGUGGAGCCCUGGGACGCAGAUGUGGCCCUGGAGGGAGCCCUGGAGACCCAGAUGUGGUCAUGGAGACCCGGAGGUUGCCCUAGACACCACGAUGUGGCCCUGGGGGACCCGGAUGUGGCCUGGAGGCCCGGAUGGAGCCCUGGGGAACUGGAUGUGGCCCUGGAGACCCGGAUGUGGCCCUGCGGACCCGGAUGGAGUCUUAGGGAUCAGGAUGGAGCCCAGAGACCCGGAUGGAGCCCAGAGACCUGGAUGGAGUCCAGAGAUUUGGAUGGAGCCCUGGGACCCAGUUUUAGCACUGGAGGGAGCCCUGGAGACCUGGAUGUGGCUGUGGAGAGCCGGGUGGAGCCCUGGGGAGCCAGAUGUGGCCCUGGAGACUCGGAUGUGGCCCUGGGAAACCCGGAUGCGGUCCUGGAGACCCAGAUGUGGCCCUGGAGACCCAGGUGUAGCCCUGGGAUUCAGAUGUGGCCCUGGAGACCCGGAUUUUUACAUGGGGACCAGGAUGUGGCCCUGGAAACCUGGAUGGAGCCCUGGGGACCUGAUAUGACCGUGGAGACCCGGAUGUGGCCCUGGAGAUCCGGAUGUGGCCCUGGAGACCCUGAUGUGGCCCUAGAGACCCGGGUUUGCCCCUGAGACCCCUAUGUGGCCCUAGAGACCUGGGUGUGCCCCUGAGACCCCUAUGUGGCCCUGGAGACACGGGUGGGGCCCUGGAGGGAGCCCUGGAGACCCAGUUGUGGCCCUAGAGACCCGGAUGUGGCACUGGAGACCCGGAUGUGGUCCUGGAGAUCCGGAUGGUGCCCUAGGGACAUGGAUGUGACUCUGGGGACCGAAUGUGGCCCUUGGAGACCUGGAUGUGGCCCUGGAGACCUGGAUGUGCCCCUGGAGAUCUGGAUGUGGCCCGGAGACCCGGGUUGAGCCCAGAGACCCGGAUGUGGCCCAGAGACCUGAAUGGAGCCCAGGGACCUAAAUGGAGCCCAGACCCAGAUGGAGCCCAAAGACCCGGAUGGAGCCCAGAGACUCGGAUGGAGCCCAGAAACCCGGAUGGAGCCCAGAGACCCAGAUGUGG